AUGUCGUACGGCUUCCUGAAUAAACAGGGCGCAGCCAGUGCCGGCUCCGCCGAUGCCGAUACACCGAUCCUGUGCGAAUCGUGCUUGGGCCCCAAUCCAUACGUGCGCAUGUCGAAACAACAUCUCGGCCAGGAAUGCGAAAUCUGUGCACGGCCAUUCACCGUAUUCCGCUGGAAUCCAGGGAGCGGCAUGCGAUUCAAAAAGACGGAAAUUUGCACGACAUGCGCUAAGCUCAAAAAUGCUUGCCAGUCGUGCAUCCUAGACCUCCAGUACCAUUUGCCGACACAAGUGCGCGACGCCGCGUUGGGCUCGUCGGUCAAGAUACCCAUGUCCGAUAUCAAUCGGCAGUACUUUGUCAACCGCAUGGACGCGCUGCUGGAAGGCACAGAUACAGAAACCACGAUCGGUCCUACGCGAGCCCACCCUGAAUGGCUGACCAAAAUGGCCUCGCACGAGCCUGACUACAAACGAAAUCGACCCCCUGUCUGCUCCUUUUAUGCACGAGGCACAUGCACACGAGGAGAAGCGUGUCCGUACCGCCAUGAACCUACAGGAUCGUCAGCCCCCACGUCUUCAGUGCCCCCCGCAUUGGCGCCACCGCGUCCCAAAGCCGAGGCCCCUGCUCUGCGACUCCAAAAGGCCGCGGGAGCCAAGCCGUUGGCUGCGCCGGCGAACCCCAGCAUCAAAUCCAUCUUUUUCACAGGGCUCCCAGAUGUCACGGCCGAAGAGUUGCAGGCUCUCUUGGUAGCCUCCAUCCCACGACUCACCGCCGAAGAUGUGGCCGAAGUGAAAAUGGUCAGUGCAUCGCACUGUGCUUUUGUGGUGUUUGCAACGCGAGAAAAGGCCGAGCAGGUAGCCGAGGCCCUCGCUAUGAAAAUGGACAUAAAGGGCAAAGACGUCCGUGUGGCAUGGAGCCGCAAAUAG